AUGAUUCCUUACCUAAUCCCGCGAAGGAAAGUUGGAGAUCGGUUCACGAGUCAUGUCGGUCUCGGCUCCGCCCCCCACAUUCUCGGUGCGCAAAACCUCACCGCGACACCGUUAGAACGCUCCGUUAGCUGGGGCAGAUCAUAUGCAACCACCCCACCGAGGUUCCGACUUUGUACCCCUAGCACCUUAAUCGGUUACAGGGGUCCAGUUUCCUUCCCCAUUCGCGAGCGGGCUGGUCACUCUCGGGUCGGCGCUUUGAGCGAACUCUCCCUUCCCCCCUGCGGCCAACGCGACGACUUGGGGCGACAGAUGGCCAUGGAGCCUGUUGUGUUUGACCAGUCGCCGCUCGCAGAGUAUCUUCGUGACGAAGGCGAAGAGGAGCAGGCAGGAUGGGCGCACGACGAUCCAACCUACGAUGUGUCGCCUCCUUCGAGCCCUGAGUUCGCGCCGACAGGUCGGCCGAUGGUUAGGUCGAGAUUCCGCAAUAAUCCCCUCAGAGUCGACAUACCUACCAAAGCGGCCUCCGACAAGUCUUACAGACUCAGCUAUUCGACCGCGGUAGCAUCCAGGAUUGACCGAGCCGACAACUCCAAAUUCCUUGAGCAAUUUCGCUAUACUAUUAUCGCGUCCCAGCUAUUGAGUGGGCACUCCAUAUUAUCCCAGAACCAUGCAUCAUCCCGGUCCGCCGAUAUGGCCAUUGACGGAAACCCGGCCGACAAGUUGCUGGAUUCAACGAGCGCGGUCGUCGUCGUUCUAGGGGCAUUGGCUCUCGUCGUCUCGAUCAACUGGCUUGCAGGAACAGGGCCAUUGAGCAAACGGCGCACUUUCGUCAUUCUGUUGGUUUUUGUGAUCGCUGCAGGGAUCGCCCAUGUGUUUAUGCGUAGACAAUGGCUGAGGUACAGACGGCUCCAAGCACUGUCAGAGGUCACUGCAUUUGUUUCAAACUCUCAGGAAUUCGACAGCGCGACUGGCGCAGCGAUUGCUCUGGUGCAAGAGGUGGAACUUGUUUCCAGAGGUUACCGUCUGAGUGCGCCUCUUCCGCCCAUCAGCCGCAUAGAGGAUCGCUCACAGACUCGCAAGUGCGUGCGGCUCCGCAGGGCUCUGAGGGCGUGCUUCGCGGAUGUCAUUCCCGCAUACGAUCAGACCGUGGCGGUAGUGAAAGGGUUCUCGGAACAACUCGACCUCGAGAAGUACUACGACAUUUACGAUAUCAGCGAUUUCGACAUGUCCGAUGCCCAGCAAGGCUUCAAGGAGGAUGAGUUUGAGGACACCGAGUCUUUGAGGACGCUCAAGAUCCUCGCCGCACGGUUUCACACCAUCCGGAAGAUGUUCUUGUGUGCAUUGUUGGCCCUGGACGCGAGCGGUGAGAGCGACGACCUCUUGAAAUGGACUACCACAGUAGAAGCGGUGCGCACUCUCAAUACGGUCACCCAGAGGGCAUUCGACAACCUGAAAAGACUUCUGAGCGAUGAGGAGUCAUUCCCACCACCGCCAACUCCAAAGAUGCCAUUAACACCUGGUCGUGAGAGAUGGAGAUCACAAUUACGGAAACUGAACUCUUUGUCCAGCGGUAUUCGCGGCUUACAGGCUAAAUUGACGCUGUUAAGGGAGGAGUCUGACAGAAGCCUCAAUGAGUCUGACGACAUUUCCGAGCUCGGAUCCAACCUCAUGUCACAGUAUGAGUCCAUAGGAGCUGACCUGAAGAUACUGAUGCAGGCCUGGGAGGAAGGCAAAGCGGCACUCGCUCUGGGUAUCGACCGGAACGAAAAGCGACUUUCUUCCAUGAGCACACUGCUGUCUCCGACCAGCUCUCUCAGUGGGCUCACGACAGUUGAUGAAGGAGGCGGAGCAGCCGAAGCCCUCAAAGCUUUGAACGGAGAGUCCCCCUCAAGCUUAGACUUUAGCAGCACAGGAGAGCCCGACACGGAGGAGAUAUUUGAGGCGGUCGCUAAGCCGUUCCGGCCCCGCAGCUUAUUGACGAGAGACGAGCGCAUCGUCAAGAUGAGAGAAGACCGGGAGAAACGAGAGAUCGCCAAAGAAAAGGCGGAUGCCAACAGAGGCAUGCUCAAGGAACUUGAGAUGGUCAUCAACCUCCGGCCCCGCCCACGAACCGGGACGAAUCCAUCACGCAUUGAUGCAUAUAGAAGGGGAUUUCAGGGAAUCCGGAUGGGAGGUAUCGAUCGCUUCCAGUUGACCCAUUUGUAUUGUAUAAUGGCACUCAUGCCCAGCAUGACAUCUGGGUUGCAACAACUCCAGUGUUUUGUGCCGUUUUCAUUGCUUAUAUCCAACGGUUGCCAUCCGGAGCUUGAACAAAGAAGCCCGGUCGUCAGGGAGAAGAAAGGGGGAGCCACAAUUCAGGGGCUUGGAGCAUCAACGUACACCCCUGGCGAAGUGAACGGUGCACGAGCCAUCCGUCAGCGAUCAAAGACGGAGCGGACGCUGGCUGGCGUGCCUCCCACUACGACGCGCGACCGUGUUUGCCCAUUAAAGUGCUUUCCGCGACAAGACCUUCCACCCUUCAUCAACCCCUCAACCACAGACUUGACGAUCUCAACUUUCACAACAGCUCACCAUCACCUCUGUGCCUUCCCUUCCGCUUCCUUGAUACCCGAAGAUACCCCUCUGCUCUUAUUCUUUUCACAAACAUAUAAUCAGCCAGUACGUCAGAUGUUGGAAGCCAGACUCGACCAGGCCGAUAUCCUGAAGAAGGUUGUCGACGCCAUCAAGGAUCUCGUUCAGGACUGCAACUUCGACUGCAAUGACUCCGGCAUCAUGCUUCAGGCCAUGGACAACUCCCACGUUGCUUUGGUCUCCAUGGCUCUCAAGGCCGAGGCUUUUUGUCCCUUCCGCUGCGACCGCAACAUUGCGCUCGGCGUCAACCUUGGCUCCUUGACCAAGGUCCUCCGCGCCGCCCAAGGCGACGACAUCCUGACGCUCAAGGCUGAGGAUGCCCCCGACAGCCUGAACAUCCUCUUCGAGAGCUCAGCCAACGACCGUAUCAGCGAGUACGACCUCAAGUUGAUGGACAUUGACCAGGAGCACCUGGGUAUUCCCGAGACGGACUACGCCUCCACUAUCACCAUGCCGAGCAGCGAGUUCAGACGCAUCUGCGCGGACUUGAUCGCAAUGAGCGAGUCGGUUACGAUCGACGCGAGCAAGGACGGUGUCAAAUUCGCUGCCAGCGGUGACAUUGGCAAUGGAUCCGUCACCCUGCGAAGCCACACCAACGUGGACAAGCCCGAAAACAACGUCGAAAUUGAGCUCUCUGAGCCCGUCUCCCUGACCUUCUCUCUCAAGUACCUCGUCAACUUCUGCAAGGCCGCCGCAAUUUCCAAGCAAGUCAAGAUCUGCCUCUCGAACGAGGUACCGCUGCUUGUCGAGUACGCUCUGUCGGGCUCCAGCUACCUGCGCUUCUACCUGGCGCCGAAGAUUGGUGACGAGGAGUAA